UUGCUAAGAAUGCAUCAAUGAAGAAUACAUUUCAGAGCCAUCUGACCAACCUGCAGGCCCACCUCGUUUCCUAAAAUGCAUUCGUGAUAUUUGGACACCACUGGGUGGAGAAGUUGAGUUUGAAGUUGAAGUAAGCGGUCAUCCAUUACCAGAAUUGACCUGGUACCAUGCAGAUGAAAAAGUUAUCGAAGACAAAAAUAUUCAGAUUUCAUUUAUAACACCGACCAGAUGUCAGCUAAAGAUAUCGAAUCUAAGUCUGCUACAUCUCGGCACUUACUCAGUGGAAGCAUCAAAUAUUCAUGGGAUUGUACGGACAAUAGCAUCACUUAAUGUAGGCAAAGAACGUACUCAAGUAGAACCACCCAAAUUUUAUGAAGAAUUCGAAAAGAAGCUCAUAGCAGUUGCACCUCGAACUUCGGAAACAAAUGAACUAGAUGCUUUAGCUACGGAUAAAGGGCAGCUGGUAAUAUAUUUGUUUGACUUUUGA